UUCAAGGACCCAUUUUAGAUCUCUAUCUUGUUUCAUUGCACGAGUCUCUCUCUCUCUCUCUCUCUCUCUCUCUGCACAAUUCUCUUUAUGCAACACUUGUUCUAAAUAUAGCUUCAGAUUCUGUAUGUAUCAUCCAAUAUAACACGUACCCUCUUCAAUUGUAUCGAUACCCUUUAUCAGUUACACAACCUUUAAGUCAAACCCCAUCACUUUGAUCCAAAAACUUUGAUAAAUCUCAUAAAGUUUUGAUCUUUAUUACUGGGGUUUCACCAAAAAACAAUCUUGAUUUGUUUUCCUGAUCUGGGUCAGUUUCUAUUGGUCAACUUUGACCAAAAUUGCAACUAUGAAAGUGGGAAAAUCAGGGUUUGUGAUUUGGGUUUGUUUUUGGUUGUUGUGUGGAUCAUGUUUGGGUAGAUUUGUGGUUGAGAAGAACAGUUUGAGGGUGACGUCACCUGAUCAUUUGAAAGAUGUGUAUGAAUGUGCAAUUGGUAAUUUUGGUGUGCCUCAGUAUGGAGGAACAUUGACUGGUGUUGUUAAGUACCCGAAAUCGAAUCAAAAGGCGUGUCAAAGCUUUGAUUCGUCGUUGAAAUCGGAACCGGCUGGUGGUUUGCCCCUUUUCGUGCUUCUUGAUCGCGGCGAUUGUUACUUCACAUUAAAGGCAUGGAACGCGCAAAAAGCCGGAGCUGCCGCUAUUCUCGUUGCAGACGACAGACCCGAGCCGUUGAUCACAAUGGACAUGCCCGAAGCGGAGAGCGCGCCCGCAGAUUACUUGCAAAACAUUUCCAUCCCUUCUGCUCUCAUCAGCAAGUCACUCGGUGAUUCAAUAAAGAAAGCGUUAAACAAGGGUGAAAUGGUAAAUAUAAAACUCGAUUGGACGGAAGCUCUUCCUCACCCCGAUGAACGUGUCGAGUACGAGUUUUGGACCAACAGCAAUGACGAGUGUGGAACCAAGUGCGAUAGUCAAAUCAAUUUUGUCAAAGACUUUAAAGGGGCGGCUCAAAUCCUCGAGAAAAAAGGGUACACGCAGUUUACACCGCAUUAUAUCACGUGGUAUUGCCCUGAGGCGUUCACGUUGAGCAAACAGUGCAAAUCGCAAUGUAUUAAUCAUGGAAGAUAUUGUGCUCCGGAUCCCGAGCAAGAUUUUAGUAAAGGGUAUGAUGGGAAGGAUGUCGUGGUUCAAAAUUUACGACAGGCUUGCUUUUAUAAAGUGGCGAAUGAGACCGGGAAGCCUUGGCUUUGGUGGGAUUAUGUGACGGAUUUUUCUAUCCGGUGCCCGAUGAAGGAUAAGAAGUACACUAAAGAGUGUGCGGAUGAAGUUAUUAAGUCACUUGGCAUUGAUUUGAAGAAAAUCGAUGAAUGUGUUGGUGACACAGAAGCAGAUACCGAUAACGCAGUCCUUAAGGCUGAGCAAGAAACACAGAUAGGCAAAGGUUCGCGUGGAGAUGUAACAAUACUGCCGACGCUUGUCAUAAACAACAGACAAUAUAGAGGUAAGCUUGCAAAACAAGCAGUUCUAAAGGCCAUUUGCUCCGGAUUCGAAGAGACCACCGAGCCAGCCGUAUGUUUGACUGAUGAAAUACAAACAAACGAGUGUUUAGACAACAAUGGUGGGUGUUGGAUGGACAAAGCUGCUAAUGUUACAGCAUGCAGGGAUACUUUUCGAGGGAGAGUUUGUGAAUGCCCGGUUGUACAGGGUGUAAAGUUUGUUGGCGAUGGGUAUAAACACUGUGAAGCUUCUGGAGCACUACGGUGUGAAGUUAACAAUGGAGGCUGUUGGAAAGGCAGCAAACUGGGCAGGACCUACUCUGCUUGUAUUGAUGACCAUACAAAAGGUUGCAAGUGUCCACCGGGGUUCAAAGGAGAUGGAGUUAACAGUUGUGAAGAUGUUGAUGAAUGCAAAGAGAAGACAGCGUGUCAGUGUCCCGAGUGCAAAUGCAAGAAUACAUGGGGUAGUUAUGAGUGUAGCUGCCGUGGUAAUUUGCUUUACAUGCGAGAACACGACACUUGUAUAAGUAAAGAUGGUAAAUCAGAAGUCAGUUGGGGAUUCGUGUGGGUCAUUAUUCUCGGUCUGGCAGCUACUGGAGUCGCAGGAUAUUCCUUCUACAAGUACAGGGUCCGGACAUACAUGGAUUCCGAGAUCCGGGCUAUCAUGGCACAGUACAUGCCGUUGGACAAUCAGGCCGAGAUUGAAGUUCACGGGACUCGUGGGAAUGUGUAACAAGAUACAAAUGGGUUUAGAGACCCACGACCGACCUUUCUUUAAUUUAAUGGUCGUGUUUUGUUUGUUCGACUUAUCUAUGUAUAUGUUCCAACGACGGUCAUGAUUUUCCAAGGCUGCUCGAGUUAGACUAAAGAUCUUUGUGAUUGAGGUUCUUUAUUUAUGUUAGCAUGAUAUAAUAAAACCAUUUUAAUCUUUGUGGGUGAUGCUACAAAUUUAGUA